AUGAAGCUAACCCAAAUGCUACCGAUUCCAUUUAUUUGUGAAAAAUUGCACCUUGCAGCCUGGAAUGGUUUCUCUGAAAUUUGCCGGGCCCUACUUACCAAAGGCCCAGCUGCAGCUCUUGUUAAUACACAAAACAGUGAUGGUGAUACUCCAUUGCAUUCAGCAUCUCAAUAUGGCCAUUGUGCUGCAGUGGCUGUUUUACUUGAGAAUUGUUUUUUUUUUCACCAAUUUUUUUCUUUUCUUUUUUCUCCUAUUUCUUUCUUAAUUCGUUUUUUUUCAUCUCAUCAUUUUUUUUCCUCUUUCUUGUCUCUUUUCCCUACUUUUCCCCUCUUCUCCUCUUUCUGUACCUUUUUCCUUUUUCCCCUAUUUUUCUUUGUUUAUUCCUUGAUCGUCUCCUCUUUAUCCACUUUCUUUUUAUCCUAUUCACCUCAUUCUGUUUUCCCCUUUUUUUUUCUUUUUCUUUUUUCCACAAAUUGCUCUUUAUUUUCUUUUUCCUUCUUCACCCUCAAUCUUCUCUUUCUAUUCUUUUUCCUUCUUUUUCCAUUCUUUUUCCUUCUUUUUCCAUGUUCUCCUCUUUCUUUUCCCGUUCUUCUUUUUUUCUGUUCUCUUUCUUUCCCCUUUUCAAUCCUUCGUCUUUUCCUACUUUUCCCUGUUCUCUUUCUUUUCUCUUUUUCUUUCUUUCAUUGUUCCCUCAUUCUUUUCCAUUUUUUCUUUUCCCUAUUCUUUUUCUGUUCUCUUCAUUAUUUUACUUUUUCCUUCUUUUUUUCCUUCCCCUUUUUCAUUUACAUUUUUCUUUAUUCCUCAUUUCACUUUUUUUUCCCAUUUUUCUCUUUCUUUCCAUUUUUCUUUCUUUUUUUUUCCUGUUCUCUUCUUGCUUUUCCCUUAUUUAACCUAUUUUCCUCUUUCUUUUCGCUUUUUCUCUUCCCCCGUCAUCCUCUUACUUUUCCUUUUUUUUCUCCUUUAACUUUUUCUUUAACACUCUUUCCUUUAGCAAAUUUCCUUUGCCUCUUUCUCUCCUCUUUCCUGGUUCUUCCUUUAUCUCUCAUUUCAUCUCCUUUCUUUUUCAACCUAUUACCCCCACCGUCUUUCAUUUCUCUUUCUCUUUCCAUUAUUUCUUUCUUCCUCUGCCUCUCAUCAUCUCUUUUUGCUCAUAAUCAUGCUGAUCCUAGUAUCCGUAAUCUACGAGAGGAAUCCCCCUUGGACCUUGCGGCACAGUAUGGCCGUGUUGAAACAGUCCAGUUGCUUCUGCGAAGCCGACCUGAACUCAUUCAUCGUGUUCAUCUAGACAAAUUCCCAUUACACCUUGCUGCCAGAAAUGGACACAGACAAGUGGUUGAGCUGCUUUUAGAUGCAGGAGUCAAUAUAAACACUAAGGUGGUAUCAAAAACUGCUGGGACUGCUUUGCAUGAAGCCGCGUUCUUCUGCAAAUUGGACGUUGUGAAACUGCUUCUUGAGCGAGGUAUUGAUGUCACUGAAACGGAUUCCCAGGGACAGACAGCCCUCGAUCUGAUAAAUUCUUAUCGUUCUCAGAAAUACAACCAGGUUAGCUCUUUGAUAAUAGAGUUCCUGGAACAUGGUAACCGCUAUACAGAUUCCAAGAAAACAGAUUCUUACUACAAUUCACCAUCAUGUCGCUAUUCCAGUGCCAAGGAGCCUGGGGCUGUUACAAACACUACCUCCAGUGGAUUAGAUAGUUAA